AUGGAGAUAGCAGGGUUAGCCUUGAGCAUCGCCGGAUUGGCUGGCCUAUUUGAUGCCUGCUCGAAGCUCUAUGAUAGAGUCUCCAGCGCCAAGUCGUACUUGGAGGACAGCGAAUACUUGGAUACACUUCUCCAGAUUGAGAAAGAAAGGUUUGCAACACUCAGACGCGAGAUUGAGGGGAUAAUAAGCCCGUCUGGUGCAGAUUCCCCAAUGACCAACAACAAUCAACUGGUCGAAACGACCUCCAACAAUGAAUUAGAGAUUGAAAUUGAGGGUGACGGUAAGUUCCUAAUUAUAGGGAAUAUUUUGCGACUGGUGAAACGGAGACUUGGUGACGCGGAAAGACUGAUCAGUAAAUAUGACGCGGAAUCCAACUCAGCUAGCCAGAGCUCCUCAGGAUCAAGAGCCAAAUUCUUUGGUCGUAUGUCAAAGAAAUUACGCCAGGUCCGAUAG